AAAAGAAACGAAGCAGCCAGCAGUGAGCAGUUUUGUUGGCCGUUGGCAGUCGGCUAAUGGGAAUUAUUCCGAAUUGUUAGCCUGGUAGAUAUUCUAAGAUGGCUUACUCCGUGAAUAUUUCUGUGGAAGCACCUAUUGAAAAUCAAAUUCAAGAAAUCACUUAUGAUGGACAAGAAAUUUACCAAACCCCUUUGUCAAUGUCAGAGAGCCUGGCUAAAUUGGCUCAGAAAAUAGAUUUCAGUAAAACAGCAACAGAUCAUCUACGGAAAGAACCUGACUCUUCUGAACGAGGAGAGGAAGAUGGAUCCACUAAAGAUUCUACAUCUUUUCAGUCAUCGCUUUGGCCUUGGGAUUCUGUUAGAAAUAAACUCAGGGCGGCGAUGACGGAAGUGUGUGUCUUGGCUGACGUUCUGAGUGUAGCGAAACAGAAGAGAUAUAUGAUCUUGGAUCCUGUUCCUCAGCCAGAUCCGAUCCCUCAGGCAAAAGAUAUGGCUCAGAUAUAUGCCAGGAAAAAGGCCCUAGCUAGUGCGGCGGCUGUGUUGAUUAAUGGAGGUGACAGACUGAGGGCAACACAGAACGAGGCGGCUCGCAAUCGAACUAUUCAAGACUUUCACAUUGAACUACUGAGACUGCGACAGAACUGGAGACUCAAGAAAGUGUCCAACUCCAUAAUAGGAGAUCUGAGCUAUAGGACAGCCGGGUCGAAGUAUGCUCAGACAGGUAUAUUUGAAGUGACCAAAGCUGAGGAGGAGCCCAGCACCAGUACCAGUCCACCACCCUCCCCUGGUGUCGCACCACCUGUCAAGCAGACCUCGGCCCUGCGCGUCACUGUGCCUAGUGAACUCCAGGGUGUGGCAUACAUCAAGGUGAUGUGUCAGAAAGGCCAAGAAGACAUGUGCAGCGCUAAUAUCAACAUUAUAGGCUCUAGUCACCCUGUCAGUAGCUCUGACCUGCACUGGCAGCAGAGAUUGGAGGCCGCCCAGAAUGUCCUGUUCUGCAAGGAGCUGUUCAAUCAGCUGGCGAAAGAGGCAGUGCAGUUGCAAAGUCCAAUACCUCACAUGGUUGUCGGCAAUCAGAUUAUGGCCACUGUGUUGCCGGGACUGCAAAUGAUCAUAGAGCUGUGCCACAGUGGGACAGGGAAAAAAUCCUCCACCCCACAGAACCAAAGCCCAGACCACGACCAUGUGUUGGAGCAUUCUUUACACCAACUGUUGCGGGAAGUGCACCACAAAAACACUCACCACCCCUUCCCUCAUCCCUCUUCAGCUCCCAUCGGCCCCUCUAAGCGCAGGUGUCUGGCGGGACCCAACGCCGCUGACAGGCAUCAGCUCCUAGAGAUGUCUAAGAGCCAGACCUUGCUGGAAGAAAUUAUCCAGCAGGCCCAGCACUUCUUCAUGCGACUGCGUACGCAGUAUGUUCUGGACGCAAUAGCAAAGGACGUUAAGGACCCGCUAAUAGUUUCUCACUGGAAUGGGCUCAAUUCUCCUACACUAUCUUGUGUCAAGGUAAACAUUGUGAGCAGUGGCUACGACACUAUUUGUCGCACCUCACUUGUAGUCCACAUCGGAGAGAAGAGUCUGAAAUGUGUGGGUCGUGACGGCCGCGUCGUGCACAUGAGUUAUGAGACUCAGGAAUUGCGAGAUCUCAUCUAUUGUCAGAUCUACCAGCACCAGAUCACCGGAGUGCAGGCUCUGGCAAAGUGUAUGGGCUGGCAAUUCUUGGCCAAUAGCUUUCAUCUAGGCAUCGGAGCAGUCGAGAUGUUGGGCAACGCAAGCAGUUGUAUCCUAGCGUCACCGAUCGGAGACAGGAUGAUAGCCGUGAGGUGUGAGCCUCUGGGUGGCGUUCAGGUCUCCAUAGCUCACUCCCCCCGCAAGGACUUCUUCAGUGGACAGCUGGUGAAGGAGCGAAAAUGGGAGAAUCUUGGGGGAGCCUUUAAGGAAGUCCGAUGGGACAAGAUGGAAGGCAAGAAUUUCCUGAACAAGAUGGAACUGCUGAUGGCAAGCCUGACCAGCUCCUAGUGCGGACUCCCCUACUCUGGGCUGCUGAACGUGUUGUGAGUUACAGAAUCCACAGAUAUGUUUGUCAAGUUUUACGUGUUGAUACCACCACUUUUAACGACAAACAAUUGCCUCGGUAUGACUAAAACCUACAAGUAUUUUUUUUAAGUACCGUAACAAAAGAUAUUUUUAAAUAUAAAUUCUUUAUAUUUUCUAAACUUUAUUUUUAAUUCUUUGACAACUAUAACUGCAACAGUUAAAAUUUACUUUCAUAUUAAAUUGUUGAUUAGUAAAAGUUAUUAAUUAGGAAGCAAAAAAUAAAUCAGUGAAAUAUUUUUAUAUAUAAUAAUAAUGUUUCAGCUAGUUUUAGGCAGUGUUUUCUUUAUAUUAUAACUGAUAAUCAUUUGUUUCAACAAUGACAGCAUAUUUUGCUAGUAAUAGUGCUUAAACUGGUGGAUUUUGCAAAAAAAAAAAAAACAAAAACAAAUUGAGGUAAGCAUUUGUUUGCAUACAACCAAUGUAAUUGUAGAAACCUAUCUGUAACUCACAACAUUAGUACGUGCGUCCUGUGUGAAGAAAUAUGAGUGAAAAAAGUAUUAUGGCCAACUUGAGCUCAACUUCUACUAUAAUUAUUAAUUUGUUAAUCUUGCCAAAGAGUGUUGCAACAUGAUAUUCUCUGUGGAUGCAAGACAUUUUGUGAUUACAUUAUGUAAAUGA